AUGGCACUGUCAGGGAUGAGGGGGCUCUCGGUGUUUAUAAGCGACAUCCGCAACUGCCAGAACAAGGAGCAGGAGCGGCUGCGCGUAGAUAAGGAGCUGGGCAACAUCCGUACUAGGUUCAAGAAUGAAAAGGUGCGAAGCAGAAGCUCCAAUCACAGUUUUUCUUUCUUUUCUCCGGUUUCUCGCGUGGUUAUAUUAUUUUCGUUUGGAGCCUGUUCCGUGCGAAUAAUUGAAAUGGACGGAUCACUUGCGUAUUCGUUUUAAUAAUUAGCCGGGUGUAACGCUCCAAAGCUUGAACAGGAUCAUGACCGUGUAGAACAUGAACUAGACUAAUUGUGUCGUUGCUUGGGCGUAGUAGAGGAUCCCACGUUGCUGACCAAAAAGCUUCCCGAUUCAUUUUUCGGUCUGGACGUUUCAUAUAGAGUGAUUGACCGGAAGUAUGAUGAAAGAACUUAUUGUGCGUGCUCUGUAUAAUUUGUUAUUUGGUAGUGGAACAAAAUUGGGAUCAAUUACAUUUGUUUUGAAUCCUCUACACUUGUAUAUGCUAUUGAACCACUAUAAAUUAUGAUGUGAACCUAAGCUUGACAGGUUUCUUCUAGUCGUACAUGGGCUCUCCAUUGGGCCUCUUUCAUACAUUUUGGCUUAAUUGGGGAAUUCAUUUCAGUUUCAAUAGUCAAUUGAGAACCAUCUUUAAUCAGAUUUCCGUUAUCACUUAGGGUUCAUGGUUUUCGCAGGUGUUUAGUAUUUUUCUCUAUUACUUAUUUUCAUUAAGAGUUCUUUUUCCUGACUAGACCUGUUUUCUCAUUGUAAAUUUAUAAGUUUGGGUAGUUCCUUUUUUCGCUUUCUUUACCUGUGGCUUCUGAAAGUCAGCUCAUAGUGGAUGCAUCAAUUUGUUUUGAUGUGCUGAAUAUGAGUGUACGUGAGUACUGUUUUGUGUAAGGUUUUAAGUGGGGCCUGUUUUAGCAUCUAUUUGAGGUAGAUUUCCACUUGUAGCAUUCAUACAUCACGAUUUAUACCUUAUUAACUGGAAUGUUGCCUCCUUUGGCAGGGCUUGUCACCUUACGAGAAGAAGAAAUACGUUUGGAAAAUGCUUUACAUCUACAUGCUCGGCUAUGAUGUAGACUUUGGUCAUACAGAGACUGUCUCCCUAAUAUCAGCACCCAAGUACCCAGAGAAACAGGUAAAAGAUUUUCUUUGCUUGGAUUCGUGCAGGAUGCCAUGUUAAGACUGUAAAAUAUGUUCUCUUCGUACUCAAUAGUUUUAAAAACGGUAUUGAUGAUAAUCCUAUUUGUCCUACAGAACCUUAUACAAAAAAUACGUUAUUCCUGUUGAAAUUAAUUUUUCUUCUUGCUUUACAUAAAGACUUAAAGAAUCUAUCACUAAAGUGUUUAAUCCUUGUCUCUUGAGUUGAAAGUUUCUGCAACAGGUGACUUGAGUUUGAUGAGGUUUUGACCAAAACAUGCCAUGCAUAUUCAUACGCCCCAUGAGAUUAACUUUUAAUUCCAAAACACCUUCAGUUGGAAGGAAUUACGAAGUUGUCUGCAAGCCUCCUGGUUUGCAUGGUGUAGAAAGUGGUUUUAAGACAUUCCGUUAAUUUGAAAUUCACCAUUUCUUGGCGACUGCCAUGUGCUUUUUUAUUCUGAAAAUUAUUAGCAAAGUCUAUCAUCCUAUUUAUAUGAUCUUCAGCCUGUCCACAUUUUUCUUUCUUUUGAUUCCGUCCAAACAUAGAGUCCCUAGUGCCUGCUGCCUCAUCACCUCUGAAGCCUUACAUCAUCCCCAGAAUGAUGGUAAAAAGAAAAUUCCGUCUAGAGCUCUGUUCUCCCACCAUCUGUCUCGCGAGUACUUACAUUUAUGUCCCGUCCCCAGUCCAGUCAGUAUAUAUAGAGACUUUCCUUCAUGUUUACAUCAUGCCAUUCUAUGUGCCUUUUACCACUGCCUCAAUACAGAAUCGACCCUGCAUUGACUUUUUCUUUGAACCAUUAUCCUUUGAGUUUCAUAGAUGGGUAAAAUGUGAAUAGGUGUGCUGGGGGCAUUUAGUGAUCCAAGUUCAGAUGCGUUGUAUAGGCCAAGGAAGUCCCGUUUUUAUGUGUCUGGAAAAUAAUUUCCGAAAUUUCAAUUGAAGACCCAAGUGACAGAAACUUGCCCCCUUCAUCCUAUAACUUUUUGCCCACACAAUUCUCACUAAAAGUGUCUCAACACACAAAACAAUCCUUGCUCCUGAACGCAAAUAUGAUUGUGUCCUCUACAUAUGCAGAUGUCUUAUUUAAGUUCCAUGUGCAUGAGUGUAAAACUCCUUGAUAACGAAAAUCUGAGAGGGAUGCUAUGAAAUUAUUAUGCCUAGGCAUCAUCCACAGUGAAUUAGCUAGUGCUCUGUCCAUUCACAUUUCAUAAAAUCUUGCCUCAUCCUGUGAUGUUGAUUUAUUGUUCAAUUUGAUUCAAGUUAUGCAUUUGCCUUCAAAACUAUCUAUGUCAGCAUACGAAAAACCCACUUGCCUCAUCCUGUGAUGUUGCAUUUCAAUUUACAGCCUAAGCACUCUCUCUGAUGUGAUGCUGGUAUCUUGUUACACAUUAUAUUACAGACCAUCGUGAAGUCCUUUUAGAUUUUCCCUUAUGACAGCAUUCUUAUUCGAAUUGCUCACGUAAUAAAUUGCUAUAUGAGACCUUUCAUCCUUUGGAGAUAACUCUUUAAUUUGAUAAAUGCUGAAAAACAUGACUACUCUAGUGGUGGGGCCUUUCCAUCAGGUCGCUCUCAGGAAUGAUCUCUUGAUUAGUUCUUUCUUUUGCCACUUCUUUUCUGGUCGCCUGGAUAUUCUACCAUUUGUUCUUCCCGUAAUUUAUUCCCUCUCGAUCGUAUCCUAUGUGAAUUCAUCCUACGUGACGAAAACUUUGUCAUCAUUCCAUGAUACCAUUCUCAUUUCUCUUCCUGAGUUAUUUCUUGCUUAUUUAUGUUUUUAUCUUUAAAGUCAUAGAUCAUUUUUAUCUUUAAUGCAAUAUUGGAGAUCAUGCAGUGUCCUUUCCUUAUGCUUAGAUGUAGUCUGAGACAUCAUUCAAUGUAGUGCCCUGCCAGAGUUCCGAUACCUUCUUAAUAGUGUUAUCUGGAGGCGUCAUUUAUCUCAUUCUCUCGGUAGUUCACUAUUUUAUCCUUUAUAGUCUCUAUGAAGUGAACUUACAGUGGUUUCAUUCUGGGCAUCACACUGCAUGAAAAAAAAUAUGAAUAUUUUGUAAGGUUUUGCAGCUUUUGUGUGGUAACUUAGCUUAUUUACAUACUCUAAUUACAUUCCGUUACCUGUCAGUUUUGCAUCUUGCUGAUGUCGUCUUUCAUUGCGUUAUUUAAUGUAGUGUCGCAGGUUUCCUAACUAUUUUGUUCCGUACAUUGGACAUCUUGGCUGUAGGUGGGUUACAUUGUAACAUCUUGCAUACUCAAUGAAAACCACGACUUUCUAAGAAUGGUGAUAAAUACUGUACGGAAUGAUAUCAUUGGGCGUAAUGAAACCUUUCAAUGCCUGGCCUUAACUAUGGUAAGGCUUUCUUGUACUCUACCCAGAUAGUUUUUUUCUUAUACUUUGCUCCGUGGCAGUCUUGCUUCUAAGUUUUUUCUUACGCAAAAUUUUUCUUUCAUUUUGUAAUAUAGUCUUGGUCCUAUGUUUCUUUUCAUUUCAUCAAAUAUCUUCUCUUUCCUUAUCCUAUCAUGUUUCAGUUCAAAUUUCUUCAUAAAACUACUUAUUCCCUCUUAUUCUUUGCUACAACUGAAUACAUUUCUGGAGUGGUUAUAUAAGAUUACUGGUUCAUUCGUGUUUUUGUCUCAUGUUGACGAAUGUUGUAUGAUGUGAUUUCACUGCAGUAUAUUCUCUUUCAGCUGCCAUUUCUGUAUUAAUGGAAUAGUCAGACCAGAGUGUUUAUAGAAAGAAUGGGACUUGGGUGGUUGAAAUUUUUAAUGUAUUUACCAACAAUGCACUUCUCGAAAUCUGAUUGUUGCAGACUAUUAACCAUUGCUCUGUUCCAUAUGGUUGACCAGCCUUCUUUUCUGGAGAGGAUAGUGGAUUGUGCCAUGAGGGAAUCAGAAGGGAAGGGAAAUAAAAAGGAGUGACUUUCACUCCAAGAUCUAUUCUUAGCAAGGAGUGUCUUAUUUUAUCAAAAUUAUUUUGAUGUGCUCUAUAAAGUUGUAAAAAUGUAUUUUUAUUUUUUUAAUAAAGUAAUAAUUUUUUCCCUCAAUUGGUUGACUUAUUUGUCCUAUGCGACCUGUAACUUGUGCUCGCUGAGGCCAUUUUGUGGGCUUUGAUCCUUCUUUUAACUGAUCAUUCGUCACAAAAUUAAUUGCCUCUAAAUAUUAAUUGGGCAUAUACAUUUAAACAUAUAAUUCAGCUUGUCUGUUGCUAUGUGAAACUAUUCUAACACUAUCACGUGUAAGCCGAUUUCUGGAUGGCUCUGUCCCAAAUAAAAAACAUGAGGCACAACCAUGUGGAAUAACUGGAGCUUGGAGACUACCAAAGCUUUUUUUAGUGGAGGAAAGAUUAAUGGGAGAAGACGUUGUCUAUUCGUUCAAUCCAAUAUUGUCUUUCUGCAAACUACAAAAGGUUUCUGUCUGCGCCUAUCCAUUAAUGUUAUGUUUAUAGGGAUUAAACUUCAUUAGCUAAUUUCCAUGAUUAUAAAUCAAACUAGGAAUAUAAAUAAAUGGGUAUAAAGCAACAAAUAAGGAAUUUGACAAGAAUUCACGCAUAGGAAGGUUUACAAGCUUGAAUUCCAUUUUCAGUAUCAUCCUUAUCUCAUCAAAUUUGAAGGGACCGUGCAUAUCUCACUAGAUAGAUUUAUAUCAUUUUCUAUCCUCAUUUUUUGAAGCAUUUGUUGCGCCUGCAAUGCUUGAUUGUUGUCAACUGACAUGCUUCUCCAUGUACAUCAUGGGUGUAAUGUGAUAUGGAAUAUCAUCUUUAUUCAGGCAUAGUUGUUGUUUGCAGGUGGGAAAUAUUGGUGGAAGAGAAUUUGCUGAGUCACUGGCUCCUGAUGUCCAAAAAUUGCUUGUAAGAGGAGUGAAACUCUUGAAGAUGCGAUUCUUUAUUUUAUAACUGCGAAAUGAUAUUCUUCUUCUUUUCCAGAUAUCUAGCAGCUGUAGACCUCUCGUGAGAAAAAAGGCUGCUCUAUGCCUUCUGCGUUUGUACAGGAAAAAUCCUGAUGUGGUCAACAUAGAAGGAUGGUCAGUUCUGAUUUUCUUUUGCAUGGUAGUUUCAUCUUCACUCUCGUUAGUAUACAUUCUAGUGACUCGACAAAUUUCAUUAUGCUUUCAGGUCAGAUAGGAUGACUCAACUUUUAGAUGAGCGCGAUUUUGGAGUUUUAACUUCAGUCAUGAGCCUCUUUGUUGCUUUAGUCUCAAAUAACACAGAUGCUUAUUGGAAUUGUCUUCCCAAAUGUGUCAAAAUUUUAGAAAGAUUAACCAGGAACCAAGACAUUCCUCAAGAGUACACCUACUAUGGGAUCCCUUCUCCAUGGCUUCAGGUUUUUCUUUUCUUUUCCUUCCUUUUAUAAUGCUGAAUGGUUGUUUUACUUUCAAAUACUAAUCAAGGAAGUUUUUCCUUCCUUCUCCAUCUUUUUUGUUACGUUUCAUUGCUCUUUUGUUUUUCUAAUAUAAUGGUUUUAAUUUUCUCUAUUACUAGUCUUUUUUUUUUAAUACUAGUCAAUAACAUCUGUGGUUAGUAAAUAAAAGAUAAUGCUUUAAGGAAUUCUGCCUUACAGCAUGAUUACCUUUUUGGCAUAUUCAUGAAGUCAUCACCCUGCUCGCAGUGGAAAACUAAGUGCCAAAAAGAACAUAUAUGGCAGGGUAGAUAAGUCAGUUCAAAACAUAAAAAUAUCUCGACUUCAUGUUUUUAUUCAUAGCCACAUUUUGCCCAUUUAAAAGUCAAACCUCUUUCAAAAAGAUUACGAAUUUUAUGUUUAAUGAUUGCGUAAUUUAUCAUCAAUGGGGCUCAUUGUGUUGCUUUUGCUGUGUGGGACCGUGGUUGAUCCUUUUCUACGAGCAUAUAGGGUUGUAAGAUGGUUAAUGAAAACAUUGUUUGGGUUACCUUAAAGGAAAUUCGAUCUGUGACUCUGCUUAGGGAUUGUUGAUCUUCCCUAAUACUUCUGGAUUUCUGUCACUUUUGAAUGCCGUCCCCUUUUUGGCUUUUCCAUCUUUAUUUCUCUUAGUUUUUGUUAACAUAAAGUUGAUGGUGAAACCCAUGUUGACAUCACUGUUCCACAUGGUAAACUGCAUCACCAGGCAUCUAAACAUGUCUCAAGAGAGCAACAUCUGUUGUCCGUUCCCAUUAAUGCGAUUAUCAUGUUAACAUCUUCUUUUGUCUGUUAAUUUUGCCUUCUAUGUCCCAAUUAUUCCCUGUAUCUUCUCACUCCUUCAGUGUCUGAUAUUCUCUUUUUAGUUUGUCGUUCAAAUUUGAAUUCCAGAAUGUCCAGUAUCCUUUCUUGCACCUUUUUUCAAACGACUCUCAGUUCUAAUUUUCGAAAUGAACCCUGACAUAAUACCACCAUUCGUCUUUUAGAGUCAUUGGAAGAAGAAUAAAGCCAAACAGGUAGUAAAAUGCCUGCAUUCAUCGUAAGAUAAAUGGGACACGCAAUAACCUUUACACAACUUCCCUUGCUUAGGUUGCAUUGCCCUCUCAUUAAAUUUUUCUUUGGUGUCUCUGAUGCAUCAAACCCAAUGAAGAUGCAUACGUAUGGUUAAUUAUCUUGUACAUUAUUCAUCUCCCGCAAGCUGAACCAUUUUACAAUUCAAUAUCUGAACCAGCAAUAUUAUUAUCUAUUCCUUUUUAGUUCGUUAUAAGUUACAGGACUGAUGUCUCUUCAGUGGAUUUUCCCUCCAAUCACUCUUUCACCUCUCCAUAAUCUCAUUCUUCUGAGUCUUGAGAGCUUCACUGAUUCUAACAACAUAUACGUUUUCACCUAUAGAAUUUUUCAGACAUUUCACCUAUUAAUCUAUUAGGGUCCCACAUCAGGGACCAAAACAACGACAGAAGAAUGGUAUUGACAAAGGAAAAUAACCAAGAGGAACUAGAGUAAAUAAAGUCUACUGAAACAAGUAAGAGAACAGAACAGAAAGGGGUUUCCAAAGGAAACCCUAGAGCAGUUGGGGACGAAUUCAAGAGCUCCCCCCUCUCCUGCUGACUUCUUCUAAAAGUGCAUCCACAGUGGGGGCCUACCCUUACUCCCUAAGUGGGCCACAGUGGUAAGUAAUAAACGGUUUUGGGUCGUGGCAAGUGGGCCCGUGACACAAUGAUUUUACAUCAUUCUUCCUUUUACGGUGUUAAGUAAUACCAAACGGUUUCGGGUAGUGGGUCCUUGCUCAGACCCAGUAAGCGGCCCAAUUGGAGAACUAGGGAGGGACCUAACAUAUUCAUGCAUAAAUUUCUGUGCAAACAUCCUGCAACUCCACCAUCAACAUGUAUAAUGUUGCGCCCUUUUCGUCAACAUUUACAACAGCCAUGCAGCCUCCACUUGUGCCCCAUUUGAACAUUUUACUUUGAUACCAGAAUGACUAUGCCACAACUAUCGUUAUAAUGGAUAUCUCACCUUGUAUGGGCAUGCUGUGCGCGAGUUAUCCUAGAAUUCCUCUCAGUUGUCCAGGGAUAUCGUGGAGCUAAAUCUGUUGAUGGGCUAUUGAUUCUGUCACAUUGCUUUGCUUCUUGAACGCCUUGAACUCUAACUACUGUGAAUUUUCUUUUUCUUUCAUUUUGAUCAUUGACCUUUUACUUAAAAAGUCGGGUUUAAUGAGUGUACUUUGAUCAGUGCAGGUUAAAACAAUGAGAGCUCUGCAGUAUUUUCCGGCUAUUGAGGAUCCAAAUAUAAGAAGAUCACUUUUUGAGGUAAAUCUUUUGUUGUCUAGAAGUCAUUCUUUGACUCCGAUUUAUUGAUAUAUCUCUUUUUUGUAAAAUGCAGGUUCUUCAACGUAUUUUGAUGGGCACUGACGUUGUGAAAAAUGUAAAUAAAAACAAUGCAUCACAUGCUGUCCUUUUUGAAGCCCUGGCAUUGGUGGGUCCUCAACUUAAAGCUUUUGAAUAAAACCUGUCGAUCAUUAUGCUUAUUCAAGGACUUUGACGAUCUGAGCCUGCUGUCUUUUUCUUAAAUUACAUUGGCUCUUGGCAUUCACUUAGAUGUGUGUGGCCGUAAAGAAUUAGUCUUCCUUUUAACCUUGCCAUUGACGUUUCUGUAGAUUUGUUAAUGUUCUUGUAACUAGUUCGUUCUGUUUCGUUUGUUGUUUGUUGUUGUUGGCUUCCAGGCUUGGAUUCAUGCAUGUUUCAAAAAAAAUUCUGUUGUUUCAUCGUUGAGAUUUAUUAUCGAAAUUUUGUAACUUCUUCUGUCUUUUUUAAUUCAAAUAUUUUUUUUCAGAGGUUGGCAGUCAAUGAUCUUGUCUAUGGCUAUGUUGUUUAGAAACAUGUAUGCAGUAAUGCUAUUAAAUUUUUUGAUGCGAUUUAGGUAAUGCACCUUGAUGCCGAAAAGGAGAUGAUGUCUCAGUGUGUUGCCUUACUCGGUAAAUUCAUUGCUGUCCGUGAACCAAAUAUUCGCUAUCUUGGUCUGGUAAGUUAGCGCUGUACUCUUCUCCUUGUAAUGUUUGUUGAUUGGGAAGGCUGAACCUAGUGUCAAAUGAACCGUUUGACCAUACGAGUUUUUUCUGUAUGUUCAGGAGAACAUGUCCAGAAUGUUGUUGGUGAUUGAUGUUCAAGAUAUCAUUAAAAGACAUCAGGCUCAGAUCGUCACUUCUCUGAAAGACCCUGACAUUAGGUAGGGCUUAGGGUAUUUAUGAUGUUUACUAAUUCUUGCAAUAUUUGAACAACAUUGGACGUGAUAAUUGGAAAUCUAUUAAAUUUAUCAUGAUCUACUGGAAGAAAUUAAGACCUGAGUUAUCAUGAACAACUAUUGGACAUGAUAAUUGAAAAGCCAUUAAAUUUAUCAUGAUCUAAUGGAAGUAAUUAAGACCUGAAUUUUUGGACCUCUGGACAUUGUACAAUUCAAGGACUAUUUUUUUCGUGUUGCUGCACAUUUUCAUUGGCAUGCCAGACUUUGCUUUGACUUGUUUGACCAACUGACCUGAAUGACCUGAUUUUGCAUAUUUUCUUUGCUGAAAGAAAACAGAUAGGAGAAAUAAUUGUUCUGCACUUCCCUUCCCUCCCUAAAUUUGAUCAAACACUAUGGAGGAUCGAAUUUGGUUUGUUUUGAAUGCCAUUGAAUCUGCAGCAUUUUACUAUGCUGGUUUUCAGAACUAAUCACUAAAGUAGAAGAUUUCGUGAUAUCCCCCAUUGGAUCCCACAUUCUAACAACCUCUGCCUCAUCGCUUAGAAAGUCCUGGGAUCAACUUUCUUGGGUUCCGUGUGAAAGUCUAAUACUUUCAGAGAGAUCCUACACGAAUAAACUUUCAUUUGUCAAUCAUUUAUGAUAAAGAGAGGAUUUUCCAAAAAAGCAUUAACUUUUUUGACAUCAACGGUUUUCUUCUCUUAGCUUCUAUGCGGUUCUCUCUUUCUCUAAAAGUAGAAAUCACUGGUUAUCAAUUUCAUUGCCAAGGAGAUUUGCUACAGUAUUCGUUGUACUAGUAGAAGUCACUGGUUAUCCAUUUCAUUGCCAUAUUUCUCAUUCAUUGGUGGAUCCAGGCUUCCUCCCUCUCCACUUUCUCUGUGUAGAACUGCAAAGCUAUAGUUGUACUAGUCUGAAAUGUGGCCUUCUGAGAAGAGUUGCCAAAUGAAUGGAUCUGAUUUACUUUUUCGUUGUGUUUCUCAUAACUUAGCCCAGUUUCUAACGCUAGACUAUCAGACGUCAGUGAGUAAUAUGGCAAAAAUUGUUGUCUCACUGAGAAACUUUCGUAUGAGAUCGAAGGUGUUUAAAAAAAAUUAGUGUUUAUCAAUAUAAACAAAAGAAAACUUAUAAAUUGCCAGAGCUGCCAAAUAUAUAUAUCCCUUUGUAUGUAAAUUAUGUCUCAAGACAACUUUACCAUGUCUCUCUAGCAUUUUCAUUGUUACUCAUGAUAGUUGCAUUAUUUGUACACUCAAAUUAGAAAUCUUAAUCGUCACAGGCCUCAUAAGCUUUUUACUGUAUCCCUUGUAUGCCAGAAUUGAUUUCUUCAACUAACAGUUAUUCGUUUUGAACAAAAGUGCAGGUAUAGUUACUUUGUAAUACUUGAAUUGGAACUGAUUUCUUUUCUUGACCAAAUUGAGGUUCUCAAUUAAUCAGCCAAUUGAAUCAAAUCUUAUUGCCAUCCAAAUUGGGUUGGACUUGCCAACGUGGCUGUCUGGUUUAAUUUGUAUUGCUAGGAAUAAUGCAUCCAACGCCUAUAGUGGCAGUGUCACCAAUAGGAACAGUAACGCGUGCUAGCUCUCUUAGACAGUGGAUCCAAAACAAUCAAAGCAUGGAUACCAGAGACAUAUUUACGGAAGUAAUCACAGUUUUUUUAAAUCUACCUUGGCCUUGUGUUGCAGAUAAGCCAUAUGAUCUCCCGAAUGGUGUACUUCCCUUUGCCAAGAUACUCACUGAUAUAUUCUUUUACUUUAACACAAUGGUUCGAAAUAUCUUCUUGAUGCCCGCAUUAUUUUCUUUCAAACCUUUCAUUUCAUCUUGAUAGUUGAAAUACGGCCAUACAUCAUUGAUCGUUCUGAAAUUUAUGCGCUCAAUUACCUGUACACAUAUUUCUGUUGAAGAUAUGUUUGAAGAUUUUCAGCGCUUUUGAAUGCUUUCAUUUUCCCUUUCAACUUUCUAUGGAUUAGUUGUUUAAUUGGAAUCAUGAUUAAUGAACAAGAGCCUGUCUCAUAAAGCUUAUGAUGUUUUACAGCAUACGAAGGCGUGCUCUUGAUUUGUUGUAUGGGAUGUGUGAUGUUUCUAAUGCGAAAGAUAUUGUUGAAGAACUGUUGCAGGUUUAGUGAAGUUUUGAUAUCUUUAAUCUGACUUCUACCUCCAAAAAAAAUUUUUGUACUAAAAUUUAUUGAAUAACCAAUCAAAUUGUGUUCAUUUAUAUUCCAGUACCUCAGUACAGCGGAAUUUGCUAUGCGUGAAGAAUUGGCCCUAAAGGCUGCCAUUCUGGCAGAGAAGUUUGCUCCAGAUCUUUCAUGGUAAAGAUAAUACGCAGCUUAUUUUCUAAUAAUUGACAAGUGGUUGUGUUCUGACUCAUCUUUCUUUCGAGGGUCAGGUCAUAUGUUGUGAGAUGCGUGCAUUUCGAAUGCUCGGCUUACAUUUAUGUUCAUUGUAAUUCUAGUCUAUCAUAUUUGUUCACUAGAUUUAUCUUGAACUUUGAAGGAGAAAAGAAGUAGAUUAUCCCUCUGGAGGGAAUGCAACUUAAUGGAAACUGAUUACUCUGCUUUUUUAUUAAAUUUUUGAGAAUAAUAUACGAUUCUGCUGCUUCAGGUAUGUGGAUGUAAUUCUUCAGUUAAUUGACAAAGCUGGGGAUUUCGUAAGUGAUGACAUAUGGUACCGUGUGGUUCAAUUUGUGACCAACAAUGAAGAUUUACAGGUACUUGCUCUAUUCCUCUCUCAAGUUCCUCAUUCAUUGCUCUUGUUGGGGUUCUAAUUGCCGAUACUCUUUCCUUGGUAUUUGUUGGCCUUUUUAUCAUGACAGCCAUAUGCAGCAGCGAAAGCCAGAGAGUAUCUUGACAAACCUGCUUUGCAUGAGACCAUGGUCAAGGUAUGCGUUCUAUCUCUUAGGUCAUUUCCCUACAAAUACUUUUAUUGAUCCCUGUAUGGUAUGGAAGAGCUUUAUGCGAGAAUUUUCUUGAUUUGGAAGAACUGAUAUCAUAUGCUGCGAACAUGUGCCGUUCCAACUUACUAUUGCUUAUCAUAUGUGCCAACUGACGAUUGUUACUGAUGAGCAAUAUCAUAGAAGUUGCUAAAACAGUUGUCGAAAUCGAGCUUUCUACGAAUUCACUGCUCGUAUUGUUGGUAUGAAAUAUACAUAGGCAAAAGAUUGCUGUGGAAGUGGCGAUGAAUAAUUCUUAUUUUGAAAAUUCGUUGUCUAUUAGAGAAGAAAAUCUCUCGUGGCAAAUAUUAAUAAAAAAUUACUCGAAUGAAAUACUUUAUCUUGCAGGUGGCGUAAGUUCUGCCACAUUGGUGUCUGUAUUUAUCUAUUCUUUCUUCUACGGUUGGUUCAUGGACGUGCCAUUAACACUCUUUUUCUUUUGUUACGAGGACGAGUGCAGGCAAUGACCACAGACAUAUGCAUAUUUAUAUAUAGUUUGAACUAACUAAUUUGGAGUUGUGCUACCAUCGACGGUUUUGAUCGUCUUGUCUUAAUCAAAGUCGAUUCUAACGUUUAAUCUUAUACAAAUUAUAUUCUGAGUUUCUCAGUAUGAAAAAAAUAGGAAGGGUACAUCGACUUGUAGGUAAAGCAGCGUUGGGUACACUUGCAGUGCUUCCUAGACCUAGAUCUAAUGGUUUUAUAGACUACUCCGUUACGAAUUCUCUGUCAUGGUCAUUUACUGACGUGAUCUUGGAUAAAAGCUUAGACAGAAAAUUUACAUUCCUUGCCACAGGUAAGUGCCUAUCUUCUAGGAGAGUACAGCCAUCUUCUGAUCAGAAGACCUGGCUGCAGCCCCAAGGAGAUUUUCGCUAUCAUAAACGAGAAGCUUGCUACAGUCUCGUAAGUCUACUGACUACCGUUCUGUUUGAUUAUGUGCAAUCAUGAAUUCAAUGUGAGAUCCACUCUCUUGCGAUCAUCAUUCACUUCAGGACGGCUACUAUUCCCAUCCUUCUUUCAACAUUUGCAAAGAUUUUGAUGCACAGUCAGCCUGCUGAUCCAGAGUUACAAGAUCAGAUAUGGUUGAUUUUCAGAAAGUAUGCUCUUAUAUUACUUUCUUAAUUUACUCUUACCUUUGAUUUCAUUGGUUUAUGAGUAUUUUUUGGCUUAUCACUCUGGAUCUUACGUCCGCUAACCAGUGGUGCUGUAAUUUGUGCUGUGGCAGGUAUGAAAGCUAUAUCGACGUUGAAAUCCAACAAAGAGCUGUUGAAUAUUUUGCACUCAGUAAGAAGGGUGCGGCACUAAUGGAUAUUCUUGCUGAAAUGCCGAAAUUCCCAGAACGACAGGUAUGGGGAUUCAAUCUGCUACUCCUGUACUUCUAAGCCUAUGUUGGCGAUGGGGCCAGAAUUGUUUUGGUGAAGACAAGUCGGGACAUCGUUAAGAUCUAUUUCUUUUUUUGUUUACCAGUCUUCACUGCUAAAAAAGGCUGAAGACACUGAAAUUGACACCGCUGAGCAAAGUGCCAUCAAGAUACGUGCUCAACAACAGACCUCAAAUGCUCUGGUUGUAACUGACCAACCCCCCCCGACCAAUGGAACGGCGCCCACUGGCGUGGGGCAACUUGCCCUUGUGAAGAUUCCAAACCAAAACGUGGUCUGAUAUGCCAACCGUUCAUUUUUGGUGUAGUCUAUUGUUUCAUGGACCUUUUCUAUUUACAUUUGAAUGCUUGAUGCAGGAUUCUGCUUCCCCGGAUCAUAGUAUCACUCCUGAAAAUGGGGUGAUAAGUAAAUCAGUCUCCGAGGCUCCUGCAUCAGAUCUACUGGUUGAUCUUCUUGGCCCACUUGCUAUUGAAGGCCCUCCAGCUCCUGCCGUUUCUGGAGAGCAAACUUCAUUCCCUGGGCUGAAUGCUACUCCCAGUCCAGUAGAUGCCUUAGCUUUAGCUAUCCUCAGUGAUCAAUCGACUGGAGUUCAGGUAGAAGCCUUUUUAUGUUUUAUGUGUUCUUUGAAAGUUUGCUGCAUUCAAACUUGACUUUCACGCCCUUAUCUUUUUGCGUGGACUGACCUUCUCAUUCUAAAAGGUCAUUUCUUAGUUUAUAAAUUUUUCCUAUGCCGUAGAAAAAAAUUAUGAUUUUCUGACAUAACCAAGCAAGUGUGCAAUCAUUUAUCCAUGUCUUUCAUAAUAUUUUAAUGUGCCAGAUUGUCCCUUAAUUUGGCAUCUGUUAAUUUUGACAGCCCAUUGGAAACAUUGAUGAAAGAUUCCACGCCUUGUGUUUGAAAGACAGUGGGGUGCUCUACGAGGACCCUUACAUUCAGGUAUACCUUCUCUUGGCAUGAACCGGUUUCCUUAUAAAAACAGAGCGAAUGAUUUCCCUACUUCACUCACUUUACAUCUGGAUGGUGCUUCACAGUUAGUUUCUGUCAUGUCUUAGUUCUGAUGAAUGUCUUUUCAGAUCGGGGUAAAAGCAGAGUGGAGAGGCCAUCACGGGCGUCUUGUUCUCUUCCUGGGAAACAAGAACACGGCCUCUCUUAGCUCAGUGAAAGCUUUGAUAUUGCCUCCUGCCCACUUAAAGAUGGAGUUAUCCCUGGUGCCCGAUACUAUUCCUCCCAGAGCACAGGUUGAUCAUCAUUAUUUUGUAUUCCUCUUCGUUCGUCCUGACCAUCCACUUUGUAUUAAAAUCUUGCAUUGGAGUAUAAUUUUUUUGUGUAGGUCCAAUGCCCUCUUGUGGUUAUGAAUCUUCAUGCUAGCCGAGACGUUGGCGCUCUAGACCUUUCCUAUAAAUUUGAAGCUACAUUGGUACUCCUUGAACCGUCAUUUUCUAAUUCCACCUUCAGGAACAUCUUUCGGUUCAGGUAUUUGCCCCCGAAAGCCAAGACCUCAUAUCAGAUUAUGUUUGUAUUUAUUCAGGUCAAUGUCAAGCUACGACUUCCAGCAGUUUUGAACAAGUUUCUGCAGCCCAUUCAGAUGACUGCCGAAGAAUUCUUCCCGCAGUGGAAAGCACUUGCAGGGCCACCGUUAAAACUUCAAGAAGUGGUCAGUUCUGCACUCCCAUCCUGUGGAAAUUAUUUGAGUCUCCCAUGCUACACUAUAGAAAUAUAUAUCCUGGAAAGAGCGUAUAUUUGGGAAUUCGGCUCUUAGUUGGUCAUUUUCCUAUUUUAUUAGAUUUUUUUAUAUGAAGUGAAUAAUAAUCAGAUUUUUUUUUCCACUAUAUAUCCUCCAAGGGUUUGGCCCACUGUAUAUUUUUCGACAAUUAAUUAUAUAUAUUGAUUAUCAUCAUGGAAUCUUCUCGUUGUUGCAUGCAGGUUAGAGGGGUAAAGCCAAUGCUUCUUCCCGAAAUGGCAGACUUGUUCGCUAGUCUCCGUUUUGCAGUGACUCCAGGACUUGUACGUCGCCAUCCUUGCUGUCUUUUGUGCUGUUCCUCGCCGAUCGACUUGGCUGAUCAAAUUCCUACGCCCUUUUUCAGGACGUGAACCCAAACAACCUGGUUGCGACCACCAGCUUCUACUCGGAGACAACUCAUGCGGUUCUUUGCCUAGUGAGGAUCAACCCUUCCUUUCUUUAUUUAUAUAUUGGAAACGAGUGCACAUUGCUUGCAGAUGAAUUAUCCCGGGCAUGCAUUCUUUGUGUGAAGCUGCAUCUAUCCAGCCUUCGGUUCAUUCUUAGAGAUAUAGUACUGUAUGCUCCCGUCUUGUUUAUUUCGAGAUGCGUUGACCAUUCUCCUCUCUAGGUGAGAGUUGAAACGGACCCUACAGACCGGACCCAGCUGCGGUUGACCGUCGCCUCGGGGGACCCCACCUUGACGUUCGAGUAAGCACUUCGUGAUUCCAUUUCCCCAUUUGGUCAUCCCUGUCGAUUCUCCUUGUCGGGCCUUCUGAGCCUCCCCUCCUUUCGGACAGGUUGAAGGAGCUCAUCAAGGACCACAUGGUCGGCCUCCCCAUGGCACCGCCAGUGCCUGCUCCCCUGCUGCCGCAGCCGCAGCCACAGCCACAGCCACCUUCUGUGGCGGUGGCAUCGGACGACCCUGGCGCCAUCCUCGCUGGCUUGCUUUGA